CGAGGGAAUGCAUAUAUAAUGUCAAGGCUUCCACCUCUGCCUACAUGGUCUAUUUUAUAAGGCUUGCUUGUUACAGUAUCCUAACGUCGUUCCCUAUCUUGUUUGUUUUGCAGCUCCAGCAUCCCCCGUUGUCCUCCUGAAUUAGCCGUGAGCCACACUUCACUGUGAGUCCUCCUGCCGUGGCCCUCGGCGUCCUUAAUGCUGCCCACGACCUCGUCAGUACAGCAGCCUUCUCUGAGCUAAGAUGACGGUCGCUUCAGAGACCCUGGGAAGAGGCCCCUCCCCUUUGUGUGUCUGAGGCGCCGCACAUCAUGUAAUGAAGACGGCCCCCAAGUGUCUGCUGCACCGAGGGUCCGUUGCCGGCGGGAUAUGAGUUAUUUUAGCCCCGUGUCCGACGACAUAUCCAACCUUGUGGGAUUUGUGGGAAGCCCAGAAGACUACGGCCGAGCCAUGCAGUCUGAGGAGCUGUUCAGCAGGAAGCUGAAGGCCCUGAACGGGGGCAUGGCCCCGGGGUCCUCCAGCGCACAGGGGAAGUCCGACGGGCUCGGCAAGUCCAACGGGAACCCCGCCAUGCCUAAGAUGGGCGUGAGGGCCCGAGCGACGGAGUGGCCCCCGAAGAAGGAGGGCUGGGACGGGAGGCCUUCCCCCAACUACCAGAGCGUGAUCCCGGCCUUCGCCAACGGCCAGCAGGACCAAAUCGGUGAGAUCCUGGAGGAGGGCGAGCCCAUCAUCCUGGACCCGGACUACGCCGACAGCAAGUACACUCUGAGCGAGCUCCUCAGCCACUCCCCGCUGCGGGGGCUGCACCCGAUCCGCCAGCGCAGCAACAGCGACGUGACCAUCAGCGACAUCGACUCGGAGGACGUCAUGGACCAGAACGCCGUCAACCCCAACACGGGCGCCUCGCUGCACCGCGAGUACGGCAGCACGUCCUCCAUCGACUGGCAGGGCCUCACCGCCGACGGCUUCUUCAGCAUGCUGCGGGGCUACCGGGCGGACCCCGCGGACCACCGCGGCGCCGCCCCCCCGCUGGGCUUCCCCGAGCUGCUGCGCUACGACACCGCCUUCUCCCCCAGCCUCCAGACGGCGGCCCAGAUCGCCCGCGGCGAGAUCGUGCAGAUCUCGGGCUACGACUACAUCGACAGCUCGCUGCUGUACAGCCGGGAGCGGGAGAAGUCCUUCAUGCGGCGGAUGAAGUCGGAGACCUCGGAGACCUCGCUGUUCCGGAAGCUGCGGACGAUCAAGAGCGAGAGCGACGCCCUGCGGCUGUCCAUGGAGGACGACCGGCGGCCGCUCAGCUUCCAGAAGUGCUUCUCGCACUACGACGUCCAGAGCGUGCUCUUCAACAUCAGCGAGGCCGUGGCCAACAGGGCCACUCUCAGCCAGAGGAAGAACACCACGACCGGGGCGUCGGCCGCCUCGGCCGGGGGGGGGUGCGGCCAGGGAGGGGGCGGCGGCGGCGGCGGCGGGGGAGGGUCCGGAGGCCCCAUGGUCGGAGCGGCGGGCCCCGAACCGGGAUGUAGCGGUGGGAACGCGGGCAUGUUCGAGUCUCCCCUGGGCAGCCGCGAGGACUUGAACCCCAAGGAGAACCUGGACACGGACGACGGCGACGGGAAGAGCAACUACCUGGUGCUGAGUUGCACGCACUUUCGCAACGAGAUCGGCGGCGAGGGCGAGAGGAGGAUCUCUCUGUCCAGGGCGAACAGCACCAACUACACCGGCGGGGGCGAGAGCUGCUCCUUCGAGUCGUCCCUCAGCUCCCACUGCACCAACGCCGGGGUGUCGGUGCUGGAGGUGCCCCGGGAGAACCAGCCCAUCCACAGGGAGAAGGUCAAGCGCUACAUCAUCGAGCACAUCGACCUGGGGGCGUACUACUACCACAAGUUCUUCUACGGGAAAGAGCACCAGAACUACUUUGGCGUGGACGAACACCUGGGCCCAGUGGCCGUCAGCAUCCGCAGGGAGAAGCUGGACGAGGGCAAGGAGAAGGAGGGGAUGCAGUACAACUACCGGGUCACCUUCAGAACCAGCCAGCUCACCACGCUGCGCGGCGCCAUCUUGGAGGACGCGGUGCCGUCCACGGCCCGCCACGGCACCACGCGCGGGCUGCCCCUGAAGGAGGUGCUGGAGUACGUCAUCCCCGAGCUCAACAUCCCCUGCCUGAGGCUGGCGCUCAACUCGCCCAAGGUGGCCGAGCAGCUCCUCAAACUGGACGAGCAAGGGCUGAGCUUCCAGCACAAGGUGGGGGUUCUGUACUGCAAGGCGGGCCAGAGCACGGAGGAGGAGAUGUACAACAACGAGGGCCCCGGCCCCGCCCUGGACGAGUUCCUGGACCUGCUGGGCCAGAGGGUCCGCCUCAAAGGGUUCUCCAAGUACCGGGCGCAGCUGGACAACAAGACCGACUCCACCGGGACUCACUCCCUCUACACCACCUACAAGGACUACGAGCUGAUGUUCCACGUCUCCACCCUGCUCCCCUACACCCCAAACAACCGGCAACAGUUGUUGCGGAAGCGGCACAUUGGCAACGACAUCGUCACCAUCGUGUUCCAGGAGCCUGGAGCUCUCCCCUUCACGCCCAAGAACAUCCGCUCGCAUUUCCAGCACGUGUUUGUUAUCGUCAAAGUCCACAACCCCUGCACUGAUAACGUCUGCUACAGUGUGGCCGUCUCCAGGUCGAGAGACGUGCCCCCCUUCGGACCGCCCAUCCCGAAGAGCGUCACCUUCCCCAAGUCGGCCGUGUUCAGGGACUUCCUACUGGCCAAGGUCAUCAACGGAGAGAACGCGGCGCACAAGUCGGAGAAGUUCCGAGCGAUGGCCACACGCACCAGGCAGGAGUACCUGAAGGACCUGGCCGAGAACUUUGUCAGCACGGCCACCAUCGACUCGGCCGUCAAGUUCAGCUUCAUCACCCUGGGGGCCAAGAAGAAGGAGAAGGCCAAGCCCAGGAAGGACGCGCACCUGUUCAGCGUGGGAGCCAUAACGUGGAGCGUUCGUGCCCGGGACUUCGGUCAGUCGGCCGACGUGGACUGCCUGCUGGGCAUCUCCAACGAGUUCAUCGUGCUCAUCGAGGAGGACUCGAAAAACGUGGUCUUUAACUGUUCCUGCCGCGAUGUGAUCGGCUGGACCUCAGGCGUCAUGAGCAUUAAGAUCUUCUACGAGCGGGGCGAGUGCGUCAUGCUGUCGGCGCACGACAACUGCGGAGAGGACAUCAGGGAAAUGGUCCAGAGGCUGGAGAUCACCACCAGAGGCUGCGAGACCUCGGAGAUCAUCCUGCGGCGCAACGGCCUGGGCCAGCUGGGCUUCCACGUGAACUUCGAGGGCAUAGUGGCCGACGUGGAGCCCUUUGGCUUCGCCUGGAAGGCCGGGCUGCGGCAGGGGAGCCGGCUGGUGGAGAUCUGCAAGGUGGCCGUCGCCACGCUCACCCACGAGCAGAUGAUCGACCUCCUGCGCACCUCCCUCAGCGUCAAGGUGGUCAUCAUCCAGCCCCACGAGGACGGCACCCCACGCAGGUAACCACGGCGGCAUGUGGCUCAGAAGGGUCGAGCGGGUAGGGUGCUAACCGGAAGGUUGCUGGUUCGAUCCCCGGCUCCACCUAGCUAGAGUGUCGAGGUGUCCCUGAGCAAAGCACCUCGCCCUAACUGCUCCCGGCAAGCUGGCUGUCGCCAUUGCAUGGUUGACUCCGCCGGUCGGUGUGUGAAUGUGUGCAUGAAUGGGUGAAUGUUGAGCAAUACUGUGCAGCGUUUUGAGUGGCCACUGGUUAAAGAAGCGCUGUAUAAAUGCAGUCCAUUUACCAUUUAACUCAUCUCGUUGGGGCUUUUGUGGAACAUUCUGGACCAUGGAAUGUGUUAAAUAUGGACUAUUCUAGUCCCCCUGUCUUUGUCUGACAGUGAAUAAGCAUGUCAUAUUUGGUAGUAAUUGUGUAAACAUUGUAGAAAUUAUCUUGAUGUUUUAGGGGGGAUUUCCUUCUGACAAAAAAAGGGUCAUACUGAUAAGGAAAUGUAAGACGCAGCAAAUUUAGGAGAUCUUUUCCUGCGUGUCGGGGGAUUAGCGUUG